AUGGAUUCACCAAUUCAGCGUAUCCAUGCAUCUACUCCACUUUCAUCGGUUCACAGACUUCACAAAUUGAAGAGCUGGUCAUCACAUCAGAGUGAGUAUUUUCAGUUGUGUAAGAGGUUUGCUCCUUCAACAUACUUUACACACACAUGUUUGAUUAUGAAUUUGCAUCUUGAUGCUUCAAUGGAGAUGGCUGGAACCACUUUGGCUGGAAUCACCUUUUCAAGGCUUGUUCGCAGAAGUGCUGACGAAAAAAGGGAAAGGGAGAAAAUUACCCUCGCUUCUGUAUCACCUUCAAUGGAGUCACUUGGAUUCUCACACCUGCUAGAUAAUUUGCGACACCUCAAAUCGGUGGCAGCUGAUUUAUCUGGCAUCGAGAUCUGGAAAAUUGCAAAUUUCUCACAAAGAGUAACCACUCUUGAGGGAUUGCAACCCAACAAAUCAAACGAUCUCACACUGGAGGUUCGUAGGGGUGAAGGCAACUUGUUCAAAGUUUUCUCAAAAAUUACCACACUACCUGCUGCCAGUAACCUGUGCUUACACAGCAAAUCUAUUCCCACUACAGGCUCCCAUUAUGCAGAAAAUGCACCAGUCGCUGAUCAGUCGGAUUCAAUUUGCGACAACCAUAUGACCUCCCAUAGUAAAAAGUUGUUGACAGUCAAAUACACAAAUUUGUCACUUUUACCUCACUUUUGGCAUUUUCGGUCCAAUUUCGCUGCCACAAAAUGGUUCACUUCUAUGAGAUUGUGCAUUGACCAAAUGAUUGAUCACCUGCAUGGAAAUGUAACAAAUAUGAGCGACAAUUUUACUAGGGAGAUGAGAAGGGGAAAGGUUUCAUCUAAACUUCACACAAUCUAUCGCAUUAAAGAUACCAUUCGCCCCAAGGCAUCAUUUCCAAACCACCAACCCGAUGAAGAGGUGCCAAUAAACAUUGAGUGUUUUUUGGCCUUCAUACAUUUUACAACACUGAAAACUACCAUAAAAACUAUUCUGUCAAAUGGCAGUGAUUGCAAGGUGACUCCACAUCAGACGAUGAGAAUGAGUGGUAAUGUCAUCAAAGUAGAUGAACAUAUUAAAACAAAGUUCACUUGUGGGAGGAGAGUAAAAUGUGUUAAAUUACAUAAAAUUAACCAAUACUUGAAAAGCACUUAUUUGUUCGUAAAAAAAACACACGGAAACAGUCAUGAUUGUAAAUAUCAAAAUGUACCAGUAAUGAUCGACCUGCGUUUACGACCACCAAUUUGCAAGGGAACAGAUGGUUUAUUGUCAAAAUGGUGCUUUGAUGCUGCUUUAAAGUCGCCUAAUUUGGAAGGGAAGAAACAACUCACUAUUCGCAAUUUUUCAACCAUUUUAAGGAACCGUUACCCCUUCCACACCGUAAAUAGUUUCAGAUUUCAGCAAAAAGUUGAAAUAAUGCCUAAUUUACUUCUUCUUCACGGUCAUUGCACCACUGUCAUUGGUGUUUGCAAGAGUGGGUGUAAAAACUAUUGGAAGCCGUGGACACAAUACUCAAAACAAAACGGAAAUGAGUAUUCAUUACACCGUGAAAUGACCAGUUUUGAUUGCAUGACAGUUCUUCUUCCACACUUCUGCCUCCGCUGUUUUACUAUAAAGAUACAAAGAUCACGAAAAAUUGAAUAUUAUCUGGUAUCUAACUCUACUGUUUCGGGCUCAAAAUUUUCAUUAACAGUGAAAUCUACUUAG